GUGGGCGCGCCCGGAACAGGACCUUCGGCACCGCCUCGCGGGCCGGCAGUCGUCGCCAUGAUCAUCCCUGUUCGCUGCUUUACCUGCGGAAAGAUCGUCGGCAACAAGUGGGAGGCCUACUUGGGACUGCUGCAGGCCGAGUACACUGAGGGGGAUGCCCUGGAUGCGCUGGGUCUGAAACGCUACUGCUGCCGCCGCAUGCUGCUGGCUCAUGUGGACCUGAUAGAAAAGCUGCUCAACUAUGCACCCCUGGAGAAGUGACCACUGGAGAAGAUCCCUGUCUGCUGACCAUGGUGGACACAUGUCCUGCUGAGUUCAAGCUGAGGCACUGAGAAGGUGGAAGCAACACCAGGCCACAUCCAUGUGGGCAUAUAAUGCCCAUUCUACAACGAAUCCAGUAAAGGUCUUUGGAGAACUACUAAG